GAGUGUGGCGUAAUGGCAGCAUAAUUUAUCCAAAUGCCGCUCAGGCGACUAUUUCCAGCACGUCACUCUCCUGGUAUUUCUAGGAUUCUGUGAGUGACGUCUCCACGGUGAUAAUCGUCUCUUGUUUGUGGCCCGCGCCUACGUCCGGUCUUGGGUACCCAGAUAGACCUCUGGACUUUGUUGUGAAGCUUUUGUGGAUCAACCCACAUGUUCACAGAAAUGCUUGAUUUCUCUGACUUCAUAGAUGUGGUUAGCGUCUUGUGAUCGCGAGAGGGCGUUCUCUGCCGUGCAAGAUCAAUACGGCUGUCUAGCAGUUCUCACAGUUCUCUCCGUUUCGCCUUCUCUGCGUGAGUUCGGGGCAGACUAGGACGGAGAGUAUGCGUCACUAGUGCCGAGCGCUUUUUCUGGAGUUGACUAGAUCUAGCAGUGAUCUUUUCUCGCCUUCGGUUCUGUGCUGUGAUUACUCGUGGAGUUGUUCGUUAUUCCCUUCCAGGACUCAUUUAUACCUCCCACCCGCCCCCAAAGCUGCCCCACCAGCCGCUCUUAUGGUUGUAAACACUAUGGAUACCGAUGCUGCCAAGAACUAUCGGAAAAAAAAGAUUGAGGAGAUAGGCAAGAUGACAGCUCUCAAUCAGGAUGAGAUAGUCAGCAACACCAGGACUGUCAUCCAAGGGCUGGACACCCUGAAGAAUGACUAUCAACAGAUCCUCAACACCCUAUUGUCCUCUAUAAAGACCAUCAAGAGAGAAAAUGGUGACACCAACUUGGUGGAGGAGAAGACCAACAUUCUUCAGCGCUCCCUGGAAACCAUAGAGCUGGGCCUGGGAGAGGGGCAGGUAAUGAUGGAUCUAUCAAAUUAUCUACAAAAGAUAGAAGCUGAGAAACAAAAAUUACGGGCACAGGUUCGUCGUUUGUGUCAAGAAAAUGGAUGGUUGAGAGAUGAGCUCGCGACCACACAGCAGAAACUGCAGGUCAGUGAACAAAAGUUGGCAACGCUUGAGGAAGAAAAGAAGCACUUGGAGUUUAUGAACGAAAUGAAGAAGUUUGAUGACUCAGACAACAACACUGCUGCUCCACAAGAAGAAAAAGAAGCUGAGACUCCCUCCCAACUUGAUGAUCUCGGAUUCCCUGAUGCUGAUGAUGAUGCAACAUCACCAGAAGUGCUCUCUCCAUCACAACCCAGUGCAAUGGCGCAUGCUGCCAGUGGCGGGUAUGAAAUCCCCGCUCGGUUGCGCACCCUUCACAACCUGGUGAUACAAUACGCCUCUCAAGGUCGCUAUGAAGUGGCUGUGCCAUUGUGUAAACAGGCGCUGGAGGACCUGGAGAAGACCUCAGGGCAUGACCACCCCGAUGUGGCCACCAUGCUCAACAUCUUAGCUCUGGUGUACAGGGACCAAGGGAAGUACAAGGAUGCUGCUAAUCUACUGAACGAUGCUCUCAGCAUCCGUGAAAAGACGCUGGGCCUCGACCACCCUGCCGUUGCUGCCACCCUGAACAACCUGGCUGUUCUCUAUGGGAAACGUGGCAAGUACAAGGAGGCAGAACCCUUGUGUAAACGGGCCUUGGAGAUAAGAGAAAAGGUGCUGGGCAAAGAUCAUCCUGAUGUUGCCAAACAGCUAAACAACCUGGCCCUUCUAUGCCAAAACCAGGGCAAGUACGAGGAGGUGGAAAAAUAUUACCUGAGAGCUUUAGAAAUAUACAAGAAAAAGUUGGGACCGGAUGACACAAAUGUUGUGAAAACACUGAAUAAUUUGGCAUCAGCAUAUAUGAAACAAGGAAAGUACAAGCAAGCAGAGGCAUUAUAUAAAGAAAUAUUGACAAGAGCACAUGAAAAGGAAUUUGGAAAAGUUGAAGGUGAAAACAAGCCUAUAUGGGUGUGGGCGGAGGAGAGAGAAGAGAACAAGGGUAACGGCAAGGAAGACGGCCCUCCUCUGCCGGAGUACGGAGUCUGGCACAAAAAUGCCAAAGUAGAUAGCCCCACUGUAACCACAACACUGAAAAACCUGGGAGCCGUGUACAGACGCCAGGGCAAGUACGAGGCUGCAGAAACCCUAGAGGAAUGUGCCAUGAAGACCAAGAAAAACGCAUUGACCGCUGCGGGAAAGAUUGGCAAACUUACCCCAGAUUUAGCCGGCGCUGAAAACCCACCGGCCUCCAACCGGGGCCGUGUGGCGGUCCGGCGCAACUCCAACGAGCCUAGCGAUAGCAACGAUGUGAGUAACGGAACUCAGUGGCUGGGGGAUGGGAGUGGUCGGAUGCGGCGUAGCGGUUCUUUCACCAAACUGAGAGCUUCAUUGAAGCGCAGCAGUGCCAAGUUGGUGCAGAAACUGAAAGGAAAAGGCCCAGAGGGUGAAACUGGAGGAAGAAACUGGAUACCUCUGGAAAGUAUGAAAAGAGCAAGCUCCAUGUCAGUUCUCAACAUAAUCAGCAGUAACGACGACAAGUUGCAUGAAAGCCGUCGGUCAGUUGGUGACCUGAGUAUCCACGGGAGUGGUGACCUCAGUGUUCGAGGGAGGACAGCAAGCACAGAACAGUUAUCAGGAAGAUUGUGUUAGGAACAUUUGACGCGGUUGCGUUUUGUUUGUUUGGUCAGUGUGAUUGAGAUUUGGCUCAGGAUCCCAGAAGAAAAAUGUUUAUAGAGUGAGUGGAAAGUAGCUUUUGUGAAAAUGUCUAAGUAUGAAUGGAUUUUUUCAAGUGGUGAUAUUUUUAGUUGCUUUCCCUUAGGUUGAUGCCUUUUCUUCCUCACCAUUCUUCACCCUGCCUUCAUUUGCCAGUGUGCAGAGUUUUUGUCAUCGUCAAGUGCUGAAAUCGGAUAUUCUUGACCUUUCACAAUAAAUAAGCAUCUUACACAUGGCAGAUGUGAAAACAUUCAUUCAUCCUCUAGUCAUAGUGAUGAGCCAAACUGAUACCAUUGCUUUCCUCUCUGCUAUGUGAAGUUAUUCAUCCUUAUAGAAUGACCUAUAUGAUUUUUGAAAGAAUCAUCUGACGAGCAGCGCUGCAACUUUUCAUUUGACAUUUGCUAUAGGUGCUAAAACGGUAUGUUCACGUGUGUGUCAGUGGGAGGGCUGCUUGAAGUGGUGACAGUUUAGUCUUACAUAAGUGGCGCUGUGAACUUUCCCCGUCACGUUUGACUGUGGGUCCCUUCACACCCAUCACCGUAGGUCUUUCACUCAAGCACUGGCCUUCUAGACUCGUGACCAAUGUUCCGAUCAGGUGUGGUCUUUAUCCUUCUCAGAGGGUUUUGCCUCCUUGGGAUGUAAGCCAAGGCCCAGUGUUGCUGUCCAUCAAAAGCUAUGAUAUCCCUGAUAGCCCAGGGUCCUCCCUCAUGAGAAGUCUCUCCUGUCUCUUUGUGUUUACACAGACACUGUGCCCUCCUCAUAUCUGCGAGGGCCCCGUCCUUUUCCUUGUCAGAACAUCUGGUUGUAUCUGAGAGUGAGUGCCAUGAGCCUCAGUUUUGACAUAUGUGCAUAAUACUUGGUCUGAGCAUUCAUUGAUUAUAUGUGUGAAUGAUUUUAUGUGUGUAAGCGUCACCGUUUGAUGUGAUAUCAUUUCUAUUUCUAGUAACUGGGGUCUGCCCCUGUGGUUUGAUACUGCAAGGAAAAGAGAGUGCUACAACUUCUCCAAGUUGUGUGGGAGUUUUGUAGGUGGUCUCACCUUCCUGGUAAUUUAGGAAUGAACGAAGAGCCUUCUCUAUACACACCACUUUCGAAGUUUUGAGCUGAGAGAAGAAUCUGAGCACGUUCAUUACCAUGUCGGAGAGGUCAGUGCCAGGUACAAAGUAUCUCACCAUGCACCAGAGUCUGACCAAGAUCUCAUGUUUGACAAACUUGUGUCAUAACACAGGGAGAGAGAGAGAGGGAGGGAGGGAUAAAGAGAGUGCAGAGUGAACUUAAGUCCUUAGAUUGACUCUUUGUCAUGUAGUAUGCCAAUCUUGUAGCUGAGGGAAAAAGCUUGGAAACUUUUCAUGUCUUUGUUUUCAUGUAAAAUGUUUAAUGAUUGAGUUUGUUUCUAAUUUCUUUUAUGUGAAUGUUCAGAAGGCUGUGAUCUGUUGUUUUGUUUGGGUUAUUGUUUGUUUGUUUCUGUCUUGAAACCACAUCUGUUGCCCUCGACGCCCCCCCCCCCCCCCCCCCACCAUAUUUAAUUUUACUAAACAAGUAAUUCCUAUUGUCGUACUUGAGCACCAUCACCUGGCACCUACAGGUCAUCAAGCUGUAUUUGACUUAAGUUUUUCUUUGUACCUUCUGAGAUUAAUUACUCAUGAUGAGUGGUAGCCCUAAGAAAUGUAUUGCGUAGAGAGAUGUGUGAAUGGUGCUGAAUGAGAAAAUAAAGCAAAAUGUCGUCUUGUUUUGAAACAGUGGGCACAGUUUACGCUCUGAUAAAGUGUGUUUUAAAAAACAGUAAAAUGUUCUUGUUUUUUUACAAGUUUUCUUUUUUUGUAGAGUGUUCCGUGUGCUUGAGGUUUCUGUAUUUGCCAGAAUAGAUUACAUUAAUAAGCUACCAGAAUACCUUUCUUUGUACGCGCUGAAUUUGUUUAUCUUAAACAUUUUAUAAACUGUUUCUUUAUUUAUCAAAUAACUAGUUUCCUGAAGGAAUGUAUUGAUGUAUUGUCAGGAGUAAUGGCAUGAAAUUUUAUGCCUAUUCUCAAAUAAGCUUUGUUCAAGUGAGAGCUCUGUGUCCGUUGACAAAAGCCCCAACACUAUGAUAGACAGGUCAUAUUAAUGACUUGCCAGAUGUAGCGUCUUUGCAGACGUUUCUCCUACCACCUGCGCUUCUCAGUGUAUGCACCAGGUAGAAAAUAGUAACUUUGGCUGCAGGAGCAUGUUACUCCGUGGUGUAAUAAUUGUUAUUUCCAUCUGACGUACCUUUCUCUUCACCGUCAAGGCUUCAGUACUAACUUGCCAGAAAACUGUUACCUUUGUUGAAUCCAUUAUGGAAGCUAGUGCAUCACGUAGAGCUGUCAUUGUGCUCAGUUUGAACUUUUUAUGAGUGGCCUUAAUUUGUGUGGUAGUUCCCUUUGUGAAGGUUAUUUUUGUAACGGUCGUUCAGAUUUGUCCUUCCGCACUCAUCAUACCCUCCAAACCCAUACUUGCAAUACCUACUUUUGUUCUUUGCCAUUCCAUCAAGUAUAAUAACACAUUAUGGUUGAUUGUUCCAUCGUCAACGUUUGCUGGCUUUCACGUAUAUAGAGCUACCGUAUGUUUAUGUGGAGUGAAGCCGGUGCAGUGAAAUGAACUUGUGCAAAUCCAGUCGAUGUGGGCUCAGGUCUCAUGCUUCCACCAUUCUGUUUGCUGGUGUGAGUUUGUGUGGAUGAAGGAUUGGAAGGCCUGAUAGUGGACUGUUUACUUGUGAGUGUAUUAUGUUUUCCCUUACAGUGCAACAAGCAAUUCUCAUUUCGUUGACUGCAUGCUCACCUGGGAACCUCAGAGAAGAGCUAAGAUAGUGAGCUGGUUUAAUUGCCAUUGGAUAUAUGAGAAUAUUUAUAAAUUCUUUGUGUUCUGGAUGUCUGGUACCAAUGCUUGCUCUCGCGCUGUGCUAUUAAUGUGAAUAAAGUAUUUCUGUUAUCAUCACCACAAAGCCCUUUUCUGUUACACCUGUUUUAGUUUUACCAUUCAUCAUUCACUACCCUCUAUACCAUGUGAAGGAUUUACUUUGUACACUUUUGGACUGUCAGCAAAACUCUGUAUUCCUUUGCAAAAUGUUCUCUGGUAAUACUGGCAUAGUAAAAGGGAGAGAGAAAAAUGUGAAACUGCCCAUUUUGCACAGUGUCCUAUUUGUGUGUUCCUCCCUAGUCGUGGAGAGGGGGCUGAGGAAGUUGUCUCUUUUUCCUGACACAAUUUGAAAGGUCACAAGCCAAGCUUAAUGCAGGUGGCUGGAGAUUGUCACUAUCUGUUGCCACUGGUUUGUUUUUUGUCUAAAGUUAAACAUAGAUCAUAGUUUAGGACCAUAACAUUUUGCCAGCACACACUGAAUAUAAAGCUUCAGGUAAAGUAAUGGGUAAAAACCUUUCUAUACUGUAUGUGUAUACCUGCCAUUCACUCAGCUGUUUCUUUUUAUUUUACAUAAUAAUAGAUGUAUGGUUUGUGGGUGAAAUAUUGCCUAAUGUCAUGCAGGACUGGAAUGACUUUGUUGAGCUGACACUGACAGAUAAGUGAACAUGUUCCAGUAAAUUCAGGCUUGGUUUGUUUGUUUCACUGUGAACUGUGAUGGUUAGUCAUAUGGGUUGCACAUUUCACAUAACUGAGAAAGAAGCACACUGAUAUGACUAACGUCACUUAUUGAACUGCUCUCAGUGUUUUGUGUGAAAACAGCUGCUGCAAGGUUUAUUCAAUCCUGCAAGCGCACAUGACCAUUGUAUUUCAUUUGAUGACAAAUCUUUAUUUGCUUGAGCAAAUGUUCAAAGAAAAAAGUCCAGAGUGGAAAAGAUCUGAAGCAAGGAAGAUCAAUAUAUAUAGCCUAUUUAUAAAGAGAAAGCGGGGAGGUUUUUGUAGGUUCUUGCUAUGCUGGAGAUCAGGGUAAAUCUGGAACUCUCUAAAUUACACUCUCUCCAUGGCCUCGGGAUUCUUGUAGAUUAUUUUUAUUUUUCCUUCUUCUGUCACCAAAAUAGCUCCUUUCACCUUCGCCUUCACUGCCACUUUCCCUACCACUCAUUUCCCAGAAGCCCAAGGUAAUAAAAUUAUAUUAUGAUCUACCUGUACCUUUAUUCUUGUGUAAAGUCCACUUUGCAUGCUGUUGUGAUAAGUUCUGUCUGUGAGCUUUAGAGAAAGUUGGAAUAGGUAAUGUUGCUGUAGGUACAGAAUGCAAUUAAAAAUGGAUAAUUCGCAGUGGUUCACUGUUAUGUGCAAUACUUAUGUCAUUUAUGAUUUAUGGGCUACACAUGAAAUUGAAGAGGAAAAGAGAGUGUUCAACUGACAGCUGUGUGACUUCAAAAUUUGCGGGAAGAUACAAAUAAAACUGCAAUCUCAACCGAUGAUGCUGCAGAAAUCAAUGCCAACCAGCUGGAGGCAGUGAUUUUUUUUUCAAAUGUAUGCUUGUGUAUGUAAACCUACUAAAACCAUGUAGCCUUCUACAUUUUACUCUUGUUAUGUCAGGAGUCACAAGUGUGAUAGAGAAAUCAAAGAUCUGGGUUUGCCUUGGGCUUAUACAAGACUUAUAGAUGGAAGAUCCUGUCACUACCGCCAGUGCAGUGAUAUUCAAAUGGGCUUUCAAUAUCCUGUACUGUACAUUACUUGCCUCAAGCCAUUGGAUGAGAUGAAGAUUUGUACUACAUUGUACAUGUAUUCCUAAUGACUGCUGGAAGAAAACUUCAUCAAAGUGUGGACUGCCCUUAUUGACAUUGUCAUGACCAGCAAAGAUUUAAGAAACUUGCUACGAGUCACAGGAAGUUUUUGGAUUUUCUUUGCUGGUCCUUUGACUUUGACACUACAACAAGUUUAAAUAAGGGCAGCCCACACUUUCUUUAAGCCACAGACCACCAGCUGAAGAAGAUGAGCUUGUGCAUUUGUCAUUUCCGUAGACAAAUAAAAUAAUUCCAUUCCCUCUGUACUGGCUGGUGUGAGCAGAAGAAUGGUAGGAAUAUUCAUUUCACUAUCACUGUAAUGUAGGUGGCUCGCUUCACAAGCUUCUAUUCUCAUAGCUUGUAUAACAGCUUUUACUUGGCGCGCUCUCUUGACUCACCAAAAUGACCUCUCAUUUCCAAGGAGGAAAAGUGUCCCUAGCUUCUGUUUAUUCGUCAUUUACAUCAUUUAUACCUAGUUCUUGUUUUUUUCAUCAUGUGUCCGUCAAGCACAGAUGUUCCAGUUUGACAGGCGCGAGCGUGUGUGUGUCAUUUACAAUUAUCAUCUGUAGCUAUCUUUGCCUCUGCUUUGAAUGAUGCUGUGUCAGUGCUUUUAAAAGUAUACCUUAUUUAUUUUGUAAAAUGUAUAAUAUAUAGGAUUAACAAAGUAAAUAAACCUUGAAAAAAAUAUGCUCCCUUAAGUGAAUAGCUUUUCAGAUCUAUUCUUAGAGAUACUCUUCAGGCUCUCUGGCGUGGCUGUUUCACUUGCUUUAUUUACAAAUAAAGAGGUAGUAGACAGAUUGCUUGAAUUUUUUGUUAAGUCUCAAUUUUGCAAGUAGCUAUGGUGUAUGAUUUUUUUGUACAAACUUUAUGUUUCUUUCUGUCUUGUAUUGCUUGCCUGGGGAGUGCACUUAAUAGAAAUGCAAUUUCUGGACUAAGUCAUUCCCAUUGUAAUGUGGGGCUCCCAGUGUAAUAUGGAACUAAAUUGGAGAGGUUUCGGAGCAGCCUUGGUUCAUGUACAGUGAACUAGGAUACAAUACACUUCUGUUGAAUCCUACUAUUAAAUUUGAUUGGUCAUGAUAAACA